UAUCCUUGAGUCUCCCGCGAUAUAUUCACGAUAAAACUGUAAUAACGCAGCAGUUAAGCAACGUUACGGUUAAAGCAAUUAUAUCUAGCGGACAAGAGUAUUAUCACACGAGCGUGUCGCCUUCUCCUCACAGUCGUCUCCGUGUCUCGGCGACAAACUGCCGUGACACAGCUGGAAUAGCGUCAAAAACUUGAUCACGUUUUCGUAAAAAAAGUGCUCGUUCUAUGGAUUACGUGAUAAUGUACUUUCUCGCGAUUCUUUUCGCAAUUUGCGCGAUAUCGGCGCAAGAAUGCUUCGACGACGGCAACGAGUUCUGCAUCGAUCAAGACGACAUACUUUCCAUAGAUCUUUUACCUGGGACAUUUCUAUUUAUCGACCAAAACGGUACCGAUACCUCCGAUACAAACGAACCUGCGACAAACGAGAGCGCGGACGGGUCUUUCGACAGAGCGUUAAACGAAAUGGAUUACCACAGAAAAAGAAUGAACGAAUAUCUUUGUCACGGCUACAUGGCGGAAGAAAUUUUCAAGGAAGUCACAGCUCCUCGAACAAAACGACGGCCCGAGUCUUCGCCGAGCGACAACCCGCGCAGUUUCCUAGGCAAUGACAAUGUCACAAUACACGACAAAUUACUGUCGGACGAAGGGAGCUCCAAGUAUAAAAAUUGGCUGCAACGCACAACUACCUUGGACGACGUGUACCGGCAUUAUACCGCCCCUCAUAAGAAGAUAACGAAGAAACAAGACGUCCAACACGAGGACAUCGAGGAGUUUGACGGCGAGGUGACGGGUUACGCGAUGCAAGCUCCUCUGCCAUCCGGAAAAGUGGGCCUUUACGAUCCGUCUCACGAAGGCGACAUGUCGCCGUCGGCGGGACAUCACAGCUUCCAUUACGGGCCGGCGUUUGGUCACCAUCAUGGCGAGCAUUUCGGCCAGCACGGCGACUUCUUCCCGUCCAUCCAUGAGGAGUAUUAUUACGCGCCUCCGCAACAUCAUGACCACGGGGAAGAGUACCACAGGCCCUCCUACUCCAAAGGCAAGGGCCACGAUCUGUCGGUGAAGGAUUUCUUCGAAAUCGCGCUCACCGCGCUUGCCUUCUUGGCAUUCGGACUCUUCAUCAUUCAGUUACUGAUGAACGCCACGAACAAUCCGCCCAUGAUGAUGACCACCGGCAGGGCACGUGUCAAGAGAGACGCAUUCCCUGUUCCUUUAUCCUCCGCCAGCAAUGAGGACUUGAACGACCUGGCGUAUCGCGUUCUGAGGUCCAUAGAAGCGGCGAUGAUUGCCGAAACGGACUCCGGCAAUUGUCUGCGCAGGAUACUGUGCGAAGAUAAUCAAUACUCCAAGGUGACCAACGACAGCCGUAGGAUCUGGGUUCCCGUUUGGAGCUUGGGUAUGAGUUGGUUGUCAGGCAGGGUGUUGAGCAAGUCUCCGUGGUCGGCAAUGUUGGACUCUGUGAAAGCGUCCAUUCUCGGCCUGGGCGGGAUCGAUUGCGCUUCCUUUUACCGCGGGUGUAACCUCGAGAAGGAGAGAACCAAGCGACGUCGCAGGAGAAGGAAAUAAUGCAGCAAUGACACUUUCGAAGACACGCACUCGCGGUACAGAUGGGAAAAGAAUGACGAGCGAGUGAACACUGCAUAAAUUUUCGUACACGAUCUAUAUUUGUAAGUAACAAUAAUAGCAACAUUGCGGAUCCGCGAAUGUCGUAUUGUAUCAACGUUCUAUGGUAAUUACAUAAAUAUACGAUAAUUAGCAAGAAUCACGUUGUGUUCUUGUCAAUGUCCGCGACGUCGUCCUGCUGAGCGCAAGAAUCUCUGUGACCGUGUGGAAUGGACAGAAGCGUUGCA